GUGGUCCUGGACAGACAUCCGUCCAAUCAGGUUCGUCGGUACCAGUCACGUGGCCCACCCCUUCUCCCCACAACUGGCCAAUCAGGAGCCUGUGUUCAGGAGGUAAAAAUGAUGGAGAUACGGAAAGGGGAAAGGGGAAACAAGCCGGGCGAGUUGAGGAGCAUUAUCGCUACGAGUAUUAAUGCCUAUCUGGCAAAUCUGAUUGAUUGGGUUGUUAAACUACGCCCGCCCUGCACCACACACCGGCAUAUCACCGCUGUGUACUCGGCGUCAAUAGUUAACAGAUCACCCGUGCUUACUAGAUACACACAACCGUUUGGAACUGCGCACUGUGUGGUGUUGGUGUAUGGUUGCUUGGUCCUUUUUCACGAUUCCUGAACUAAAGUUCGAUACUCAGCACCGGUAUUUAAUAGUGCUGUAUUCAGAAGAGCUCUUUGCUUCUAAGAGGCGGAGUCUUGGCUACCAUGUGUUGAGGUGUUGGAAGGAUUCGGCAUCGUAUAGUGGCAUCAUCCCCAGCUGCAGUUUGGUUAAAUUGUCACAGUAGCAAACACGUUGUAUCAGUCUAUUUUUGGUCAAGUGCUUGGCCCAACAUCAGUGACUUUUGUAUCCUAUAGGUGUCAUUCGGGACGUGUGUUGGUUUGGCUGUUCGGAUGUACGUGCCCAGCAUGGCCGAUUCCAUGCUGUCCUUGCAAAACCUGAUGGAGGCCACGCGAUCCAGUGCCUUCAUCAUGAGUAACCCACCCCUGGCAGCCUUGCACAGUAUGACUGAGAAGACGCCAGCGUUCCCGUACCCUGCCCAGCCAGCUUGCCUGACGUCCACGGGCAGCUACAAGCCCAUCUCCAUGGCUUACCACCCGAGUCUGGCCAACGGCACCCCGCACGGGAUCACGGACAUUCUAGGCCGGCAGGAGAACAGCCAAGCGGCCGCUGCUGCCGGCUUUCUGACCGGGGUCUCACGCUUCGGCUCGCCGUUCAGCACGGCGGCCAACAUGUACUUGAGCCGCCUCGGCAAGCCUGUCACGGACUUGCAUGUGCCGACCACCGGGCCGGCAGCGCUGUACUGGCCGGCAAAUCUCCUACAUUCCCCGGCAGCUUGGCGGGAUCCACGCUUGCCAUGCCCUCCAGUUCAACAGGCUUCUCAAAGUUGUAGCCCCGUCGACAAGGACGGGAAGAAAAAACACACACGGCCUACCUUCUCCGGACAGCAGAUCUUUGCUUUGGAGAAGACCUUCGAGCAGACCAAGUACCUUGCCGGGCCUGAGAGGGCUAGACUGGCCUACGCUCUCGGCAUGACAGAAAGUCAAGUUAAGGUUUGGUUCCAGAACCGUCGGACCAAGUGGCGCAAGAAACACGCUGCUGAGAUGGCCAGCGCCAAGCGGAAGCACGACUCGGAGACCGAACACCUUGCUGCCGAGGGCUCGGACUUGGACGAUGUUAGGAGCGGUAGUGGGUCGCAUCACCACGGCUCAAGGAGUGGUGGUACCUCGGUAGUCACCAGGGUCGAUCAUCACGGUGAUGCUGGGGAUAUCAAGAGGAGAAGGGUGGACUGUGGCUUUGGAGGGACGGACUCCUUGAGCAGUGCGUCGAGUUUAUAGCUCCGAGGUCUGUUACCUGGACGAUGGAUGGGGAAUGAGCGUCAAAUUCAGCCGUUUUCAUUGGCUGCAACGCCUUGACUGGUUCCAUGCCGUCAUCGUGCACUGCUGUGUAACUUUCGAGGAUACCAGGCACAUGACCUGGGUCAUACCUCUCAUUGACGUUAUUCACAAUCACAGUCAUUUGAAUUAAUCCAAGUGCACCGUGGUUCCUCACAUGUAGGAUAAACUGUAUGAGGUACAAGAUUAUACAAAAAAGCACCAAUGAUAUACGAUGUGCACCGAAGAAAUCUUUGCCUAAGUGGCGUCAGGGGACUUGACAGUAUGUGUCAUAAUGUUAAUAUAUUAUUUUGCCAGAUAUCUAGCCAGAACUGUAUGUUAUCCAAGAGGCACCUCAUAUAUGGGUCCCUGCGUUCUAAAAUGUAUGGAGUAAAGGGUGUGGACCAACAUUUUUCAAACAUACAAAUAAGGCAGCUGUGCCACCAACCAUAAAGGUUGCAUAAAGCAGGCAUUUGAGCUCAAUGCUGUGCUUGGCUUCCGUAAAUUAAAACAUUUAAGCCUGUCGGAAACCCGGAUUACAAAAAGAUCAGUGGUCUUUAGCUAUUUAGAGAAACCAGGCAAACAACUAUAUAGACUUAUAGCUGAGCAGCCGUAUAAUCUCUUAUACCACUCCAAAUAGCGCCCUCCUAUUGUGUCCGCCAUAUAUCUCACAUAGGCUAAUGGCAAGAUGAUACCUAGGAGUCACCGUGAUAUUUUUCAGGAAUAUUUACCUACAAGAGUCCGUGACCAAUCUGAAAUAGGUACAGGUUCUGUACGCUGUAUAGCCUAAGUAUACACGGUAUAGAAAAUACAUUUAGAGUGUAAAUAUUAUUGUUACAGUCAACUGCAUGGAAGGCAUGAAUCGGGUUAGCAGUUCCUCAAGGGCUGUUUUAAAGUCAACGAGAACUACUCAUAAACCCGAAGACAAUAGCCACAUUAAUAUCCUGUGUUACCUAGGGGAGACCCCCCCCCCCCCCCCAUCAACAGUUUGUGCUUAUGCGCUACUCGGUAAUAGAGCUUACUCCCGUUUACUAAAUAGACUCCUUCCGUCUGACGUCACAUAUGAGGGCAAGUCUGUAUUCCUCUGUGAUACGCAUGAGCAUAUAGACACUUUGAACUUUCAUUGUCACUGUAUUUACAGAACAAAAACUGCCCUCAGAGAGGGCGCACUGCAAGGUGUCUAUAGUGUGAUCCUUUUUAGAGAGAUUUGUUGUGUAUAUUAUGAGGAAAACUUUGUACAAAGUACCAUAAUUAGCCGGUUUUUUAUUUAUUGGCAAAAAUGAGAAUUCGGCUUCAAAAAAUUCUGUUUGUUUAGUAUUAUGCCGAAGUUAUGUUUUCGAAAGGACAGAAACCACUGUCCCCACAAUGACCCGACGAGUGCUUAAAUUAGGAGUUAGUUAUAGCAAUUAUUAAAAUUUUACAGAAUCAGUCGUCGAAAAGUGAAUACCACACACUUACAAAUGGAGUAUACACAUGCCAUUGCAAAGUCAUUAUUAUUAUUUUUUCAACUUGAUAAACAAAGAAAAAUGUCUACUAUAGUCCAUUGUGGUCCUUGAGUAUAUGCCACUGUAAGACGCGGCUGAAAAGAUGCACUGAGUUAAAAUAAGUUCUUUGUCAUAUCCAUGUAAAAACAAUACGAGGAGAGAUGAGCCGAGUAAUGUAUAUCAGUUGAAAAUAAUCACCCAGAGUUUUUGGUUACAUGGAUACAAUUUCAUAUUCCAGAGACAAAAUUUGCAGGACGUUUGUGAGAUAACUGAUAUUCGCAAAAUUAUCUGUUAUUAAAAUUGACGCCUUAAUGUUUAAUUUUUUGCGGUAAAUUCUUCCCAGGUUUAUUUUUGUUUACAGUGAAAACAAUCUCCCUCUGGCUAGUUUCCAUAACGAUGUUUCUUUCUGGACUACGAAAUUUGCACAGAGGUUAAGAGCCGUUUACUCUGAUUCACUAUUUCAAAAUAACUGAGGAAAUCACACUUCAAUUGCCCAAGGACAAGAUAUUUAUCGUCCUGACCUUUUUCCCCGUGAAAAUCUUAUUCCAAUCCAAUUUCCAUCUUGUUCAAUUUGGGGACAUGUCAACGGUGCGCGCCCGAGGCUGUUUCUGUUAUUCAAUCGGAAUUGUCGUUCGUAACCGUCCGCAGUUCAUGCCUACAGAUUGAAAAUUAUGUAAUUUACAGGAAAACAAAUUUGCAAAGCCCCAAAGAUGAAUUUAAAAGGUGUGGUGCUCACGGUGAAAAUUUACAUUUUGAAAACAGGUCCUUUUUCAUCAUGUGGGCCUAUGCCCGCACGAAAUAGAAUUCAUUCAAUUAGGAGCGCAGUUAUAAGACACGCUUCCAGUAAAUUCACACAACAAAUUUUACCUGAUGUAUAACAAUAUUGCAGAAUGCUGCAUGUUCACUGACAACACAGAAGAAAGAUACGAUUAUUGAAGUUUUUAAUAAAAAAAAAACCCGAUAUGAAUGCGCAUUUUGUAAUAUCUUGAUAUCAAUGAAAGUUGAAGCAGUGAAAGUACAUUGGUUGAUGGUGGGCUUUAUACUUUCACUUUCACAUUAUUAAGUAAUGCUCGUUAUGUCGGUGAUUUGGAAUAUUGUGGUUAACCCAACAGGUGUUUCAAUUAGUAAAACGCAACAGUGGCAUUUGUCUGAGCGGGCAAUUUAAGACUGGAUGUUACCGAGAUACCGAUUUCAGUAAUAAUAUUCGUAUCUUUCACCCCAUUCUGCAUAACCCUUAAUACAAAUAGGGACUUAGCCCCAUGCAUCGGCCCAUUAUGUAUGUGUCAAUAUUGUAAAUAAACAUUGUCGUUUGCCAAAUACAUAUUAAAUAAAUUACUGUAUCAUAAAUGAAGAGAUUACAUGUCAUAUCUGUGCGUUUUUCUUGCGUUAUACACUGGACCUGUGGUCCUUUUGCUAAAUCUUUGGCCAUUGUGAAAUAAAAUCCUGGUUUGUUUUAGCUGCGGGAUAG